GAAGAAGAAGUGGCAAUUGCCAUGUAUGAUUUUGAGCCCACGGAGCUUCAUGAUUUGAGAUUAGAAAAGGGUCAAGAAUAUAUCAUAAUGGAAAAAAAUGACAUCCACUGGUGGAAAGCAAAAGAUAAAUAUGGAAACCAAGGAUAUAUUCCAAGCAAUUACGUAACAGGAAAGAAGUCCAACAGUCUGGAGCAGUAUGAAUGGUACUGCAGAAAUCUGAACAGAAGUCAGGCAGAGCAACUUCUCAGAAAUGAGGAUAAAGAAGGAGGGUUUAUGGUGAGGGACUCCAGUCAACCAGGUUUAUAUACAGUAUCGCUGUAUGCAAAAUUUGGAGGAGAAGGGCUAUCUGGCAUAAGACACUACCAUAUAAAAGAAACAAUGACAUCACAAAAGCAGUAUUAUUUGGCAGAAAAGCAUCUGUUUGACUCCAUUCCAGAGUUAAUUGACUAUCAUAAACACAACGCUGCAGGGCUUGUAACGAGGCUACGAUAUCCAGUGACUCCAAAAGUGAAACCUUCACCAACUACUGCUGGAUUCAGCUAUGAGAAAUGGGAAAUCAACCCUGCAGAACUCACCUUUAUGCGAGAACUGGGGAGUGGUCUCUUUGGGGUGGUGCGACUCGGCAAAUGGAGAGCCCAGUACAAAGUAGCUAUCAAGGCUAUCCGUGAAGGUGCCAUGUAUGAAGAGGACUUUAUAGAAGAAGCUAAAGUGAUGAUGAAGAUGACCCAUCCAAAAUUGGUCCAGCUAUAUGGUGUUUGUACUCAGCAGAGACCUAUCUACAUAGUGACAGAAUUCAUGGAGCAUGGCUGCCUUCUGAAUUAUCUUCGCCAGAGACGUGGACACUUCAAUAAAGAUAACCUGAUGACUAUGUGUCAGGAUGUCUCUGAAGGAAUGGAAUAUCUGGAGAGAAAUAGCUUUAUACACAGAGAUUUGGCUGCUAGAAACUGCUUAGUGAAUGAGUCAGGAGUGGUGAAAGUGUCUGAUUUUGGAAUGACAAGAUAUGUUCUGGAUGAUCAAUACACCAGCUCUUCAGGUGCUAAAUUUCCUGUGAAGUGGUGUCCCCCAGAAGUUUUCAAUUAUAGCCGAUUCAGCAGCAAGUCUGACGUCUGGUCUUUUGGAGUUCUCAUGUGGGAAGUGUUCACAGAAGGGAAAAUGCCCUUUGAGAUGAACACAAACUAUGAAGUGGUGACUAUGAUUACCCAAGGACACCGACUAUUCCGACCCAAGUUAGCUUCUAAGAAUAUUUAUGACUUGAUGGUAAAGUGCUGGCAUGAGAAACCAGAAGGACGUCCUACGUUUCAGGAUCUCCUGCAUAUGAUUGAAUGUAUAGCUGAAGACUCUUCCUCCUGACUAUAAGCUUGGCAGGCGCAAGAAUUCACAAUAAAGAAAUACCAUUUCAGAGAUGCUGCUGGAUCCUUCCCAGAGACACAAUCCUGGAUGCUGCUUAGAAAGACAAGGCAAUUGUGGAUAUUGCUCCUGUGUCUGUGGAAGAAGUUUUAUCAACACACUUAAAGUCCCUUUGGCUAUUCAAACAAUAUUGUUAUCAAGAGGACCCCAGUGUGGUUUACAGAGGGGGGUGGUGGAAAUGGCCAUUUGUAGCAGGAUAAAACUACUGUACAGUAUAACCCAAAUUCAGCACAAGUUGACAAUUCAGCUGUUGACUUGAAAGAACAAUAUUUAAAGUGAUUAUCGUUUAUACUCUUGCCCAUCGUUGAGCUCUCCAGAGGUGUUUGGCCACAUCCCUUUCCAGCCAACACAGGUUGGUGUACACUGGGUUGGCCAUGACUACUGGUGAAUAUAAAAGUGAUAGGCGGUAUGUGGAGAAUUGAGGCUGUGAGUCUCCUACAGAACUUGUCUAAAGACCUCAGUAGCUUGUCAGGAAAAUAGGGACAAAGAAGAUUAUUAGUACUGCACAAAAAUAUCAGGUCUCCUGGAUUAGAAGCUGCUCAAAAACUCUGCCAGGCUCGAAACAGAUGUUAGAAAGGACACAGGAAUCUCAGAAGACCUUCCAGUACUUGGGACUUGUUUAAGCAGUUACUAAGUUAAUGAAGAAAAUUACCCUUUCAAUUUGAUCUGCUAUAUAUCGUCCUUCACCAAAGAGUGAUAUUAUUAAAGCCUCUUUAAAACUUUUCAAUUUCUAGAAACCGGAAGGACUUUUAUGAAACACGGCAUUCAUAAUAAACGUAUUCUAAAUACCAUUUAUGUACUGUAAAUAUGCACUGCACAUAGGUUUCCAUAUGAAGUGAGAAUUUAGUAUGUCCUACACUAUUUAAAAGUACAACGUAUUGACUCCUUUACUGUAUGCUGCACGUUCAGUUUGGUGUUUAGCAAAAACAGAACAAGCUCCCAACUUUGUUACGAACUGGAGUGUUGUUUUUUUUUUAAUCAGAUUGUUAUUUUGGUUUUACCAAUUGCAAAACGUGCUGCACUGCCAGGGAAAUAAUGUAUAGCAAAAUGUGUCUUAAUAAAUAUACUUCAUAUAAUAAAUA